AUGGCGGGUGCUUUCCGGGCACACCGGGAGAACCGGGAAUGGCGGACCACUGCUGCUUUAAGCCGUACGCUCACAAGAGGUGUCACAGCAGGGUCUUGGCACUGCCUGUCCUGGCUCCUGUGUGGCCAGCUCAGCCAAGCAGCUGUGUCCAGCAGAGCUCUCCCCUCCGUGUGUAGUUCGAGUCCCCGUGCUCCGCAGCGCUCCGCUCUCAGGUGCUGUAUUGCACGAAGCAGUUUGUUGGGCAGUUGUUCUGCAGAGUCCCCGUGCUCCGCUCUCAGGUGCUGUAUUGCACUAAGCAGUUUGUUGGGCAGUUGUUCUGCAGCGCUCCGCUCUCAGGUGCUGUAUUGCACGAAGCAGUUUGUUGGGCAGUUGUUCUGCAGAGUCCCCGUGCUCCGCUCUCAGGUGCUGUAUUGCACUAAGCAGUUGGGCAGUUGUUCUGCAGCGCUCCGCUCUCAGGUGCUGUAUUGCACGAAGCAGUUUGUUGGGCAGUUGCUCUGCAGAGUCCCCGUGCUCCGCUCUCAGGUGCUGUAUUGCACGAAGCAGUUUGUUGGGCAGUUGUUCUGCAGCGCUCCGCUCUCAGGUGCUGUAUUGCACGAAGCAGUUUGUUGGGUAGCUGUUCUGCAGAGUCCCCGUGCUCCGCUCUCAGGUGCUGUAUUGCACGAAGCAGUUUGUUGGGUAGCUGUUCUGCAGAGUCCCCGUGCUCCGCUCUCAGGUGCUGUAUUGCACGAAGCAGUUUGUUGGGUAGCUGUUCUGCAGAGUCCCCGUGCUCCACUCUCAGGUGCUGUAUUGCACGAAGCAGUUUGUUGGGCAGUUGCUCUGCAGAGUCCCCGUGCUCCGCAGCGCUCCGCGGUCGGGGCAGCAGUGCUUGCCCAGGAGCUCUGCACAGCCCGGGCGCUGAGCCCUGCCGCUGGUGAGGCCCAGGCAGGGAACCUGCUGCUGGCCCGGAGUGCCAGAGCCCUGCAGGCCCAGGACGGCGACCACGGCCACCUCCAGCGCUGGCAGCACGGCAGCAAUGCAGUGAGAGCCGGGCCACGCAGUUCUCUGAAAUGCUGAUCCGAGGGAAGAGAUGCAAAAGUUUUUGAAAUCCCACUCCCAGUACUCCUGUGGGUUUCCCUCUACAUUAUAAACAUAAGCAAGAGAACAAUCUGUAAGUAUGUCCCGCUCUACGUGACAUUCUCAACAGCAUUAAAAAGAAGAAAAAUCCUGCCUCUGAGGUUCCUGUGCGGGGAACUUUGGCCCUGUGCAAAGUCUUCCCUUGUUGCAGUAACAUUUUUCACUGAAGUGAGCCCCUUUUCUAAUUUAGUAUGAAGGAAAUGAAAAUUAAAUUUGGAGCAAGUGUUCCUGUUUUCCUGCUAAAAGUGGCCAUGCCUGUUUUCAUUCCAUUUU